CGUGAAGGUGCGCUUUUUCCCCUCUGCGCCUGCCUAGAUGUAUUUCUAUGACUUCCGAUAGAGCAAGGAAGCCAACGUUAUGCAGCAACGUUAGCAAGGGCUAGCAGUAGCCCCAGCGGAAUAAGAUCAUACGGCGGAUCAGGUAAACAUUGACAUUUGUGCUUUAUACGUUUCAUAGUAGCUAGCUAAUACAAUAAUAUGUGAAAGUUAAACAAAUUACCAAACAGAGUUGGCUAGCUAUCCAUUUCCCUGGCGGUUUCCAGCUAGCUUGCUAGCCAUCUUGACUUCAUCAAUGCUGACAAAACGAGCUAACUCUAGCAAACUGAGCAAGCUAGCUAGCCCAAUGUAGCUUGGCUACGUGCAGUUGUAGCUAACUAUGUGUAAUGGAAUUUUAUUUUAGUUAACCUCCCAGUGUGGCUAGCUAGCUACCAUUGGUAUACUAUAUUGUUUCCCCUGUAACUGGGCUAGUUAGCUGACGUUAACUAGCUAACGUUACAUAGCUAACGUUAAAUUUCAUUUGGAUGCUAGUAAGCUACAUAGCUUGCUGUAUGUCAUUUAAUUGUUGCUAGGUAACCUUAGUUAGUUAAAGUGUUUAUACAAAUGUAGCUAAAUAAUUUGCAGAAAACCAACACCGGAGCUGUUUUAUCCAGCCAAGUUCGUUUGCUAUGACUUUAUCUAGCUAACAUCAGUCGUGUCGUACUGAUGGGAUUCAGGCCAGGCAGGUUUUGAUUUAGGCGCCCAGCCAUUCAUAUGUACUCUAUAUGACCAAAAGUAUGUGGACACCUGCUCGUCUAACAUGUCUUUCCAAAAUCAUGAGCAUUAAUAUGGAGUUACCUUCACUGGAACUAAGGGGCCUAGCCCAAACCAUGAAAAACAGCCCCAGACCAUUAUUCCUCCUCCACCCAAACUUUAAAAUGCAUUGGGGCAGGUAGCAUUCUCCUGGCAUCCGCCAAACCCAGAUUCGUGAAGCGUGAUUCAUCACUCCAGAGAAAGCGUUUCCACUGCUCCAGAGUCCAAUGGCUGUGAGCUUUUCACCACUCCAGCUGACGCUUGGCAUUGCGCAUGGUGAUCUUAGGCUUGUGUGCGGCUGCUUGGCCAUGGAAACCCAUUUCAUGAAGCUCCCUACGAACAUUUCUUGUGCUGACUAUGCUUCCAGAGGCAGUUUGGAACUUGGUAGUGAGUGUUGCAACCGAGGACAGAUUAUUUUUAUGCGCUUCAGCGGUCCCGUUCUGUGCACUUGUGUGGCCUACCACUUCACGGCUGAGCCGUUGUUGCUCCUAGAUGUUUCCACUUCACAAUAACAGCAUUUAUAGUUGUCCGGAGCAGCUCUAGCAGGGCAGAAAUUUGACGAACUGACUUGUUGGAAAGAUGGCAUCUUAUGACGGUGCCACGUUGAAAGUCACUGAGCUCUUCAGUAAGUCCAUUCUACUGCCAAUGUUUGUCUAUGCAUGGCUGUGUGCUCGAUUUUAUACACCUGUCAGCAACGGGUGUGGCUGAAAUGGCCGAAUCCUCUGAUUUUGAAGGGGUGUUCACAUACUUUUGUAUAUAUAGUGUAUCUUAUGUGUUGAAUCAAGCUACUGCACACAGCUUUAACUGUCUAUCAUUUUGCAUUUAAAAUGUAGUUAAUUGAUGAUUAGCUGAAUGGCAUAGAUAAUGUUCAACCUCCUCUUGCGCCCCACAGAGUAAAUUUUUUCAACAGACUGUUCCCCGAAAGUGCUGCAGAAUUGUCAGCGUUUUCAGUCCUUUCCUCAACCUGCAAAAAUGCCAGCUGCACUGGCAGAUACCAGUCAGAUUAUCUGUGAGGUCUGGGCAAGCAAUGUGGAUGAGGAAAUGAGGAAAAUCCGACAGAUAAUUCAAAGCUACAACUUCAUUGCCAUGGUAAACUAUCUUCCUAAAUAUGCUAACUUUUUUCAUUGAUUUUCUUAGUAGAUCUGUGAAGGUUUUGGUAUGUAUUGCGUCAACUUCUUUUGCCAUUAAUGAUGUCCUUCUUGUUCCAACAGGACACAGAAUUCCCCGGCGUGGUGGUUCGACCCAUUGGCGAGUUUCGCAGCACGGUAGACUACCAGUACCAGCUCUUGAGGUGCAACGUGGACCUUCUGAAAAUCAUCCAACUGGGACUGUCAUUUAUGAACGAAGAUGGAGACUAUCCCCCUGGAACGACGACAUGGCAGUUCAAUUUCAAAUUUAAUUUAACGUGGGUGUUAAUCCUUGUAUCCUUGUUAUAAUACAGUAUAGCCAGUAAUGAGAUUAAAACUAUGUCAUGCUUAUGUUUUUGGGGUAGGAUCUGAUGCCUCAUUAGAAGGCUCUUGAGUAAUAGUCUAUUGUUUAUAAUGUUGUUUCACUGUUUAGUUUGCUCCAUUCUGAAAAAAACACAUCUGAUGUUCUUUUGUAAACAGAGAGGAUAUGUACUCCCAGGACUCGAUAGACCUACUUCAGAACUCCGGCCUCCAAUUCAAAAAGCACGAGGAAGAGGGGAUCGACACGCUCUACUUUGCUGAGCUCCUGAUGACAUCUGGUUUAGUGCUGUGUGAAAAUGUCAAGUGGCUCUCCUUUCACAGGUAGGGAUGUGUUGAGAGAUGUCAGUGGGCCUAGUGUUUUUCCUGGUAAACAGGAUAAACUCUGGGCCCUAGUCAUGAACACUCCCAACAGUGCCCCAGUAGUCAUUUGAGAAAUCAAGUUGUAAUGAAUCUCCUUGCUGUAUUUCUCAUUUGCAGCGGGUAUGAUUUUGGCUACCUAGUGAAGCUGUUAACAGACACUCGGCUACCUGAGGAGGAACAUGAGUUCUUCCAGAUCCUCAAUCUCUUCUUCCCUGCAAUCUAUGACGUGAAAUAUCUGAUGAAGAGCUGCAAGAACUUGAAGGUAAAGAGACAUUCCUGGUAACUUGCUUAUUCAUUAUUUGUUAUUUGUAAAACCAAUGAAAGCACGGUUGGCUGUCAAGUGUCUGACUGGAUUCAAACAAGUCUCUUAGCUAAUGCAAGGUUACUCAUCACACAAGCAUGGCUCUUCAAACCCCCUCAGUUACACAAUCAAUGGUGGCCUAUAGUGAGGUGUGCACCUUUAAAAAACAUUUUAUUUCACCAAAGAAAUGACUGACAUGAAAUGUGCUUUGACUUCCCCCGAGGAUGUUGAGGUAGAGCAUAUGGCUCUAGUUAGCUGACUGUCACCUGUGUGUUUGUUCAGGGAGGACUCCAGGAGGUGGCUGACCAGCUGGAACUAAAGAGGAUUGGGAGACAGCACCAGGCCGGCUCUGAUUCCCUGCUCACAGGGAUGGCCUUCUUUAGGAUGAAAGAGGUACCUAUUCUAUUCCUGAUGUCUUCUAUGACAACUGAUAGGUGAAAGGACUUAGAUUUAACAUUGCACUUGUCAAGUCAUUUCAGAAGAGUGGUCAGGAAUGAAAAUAAGCUGUAAAAGAUGAUUGUGACAUAGUCCCAGUCCUCUUGGGAAGAGUUUGUGAACUAGACUUGAUGGGGAUUGGCAUCUAGGGAGUAACUGAUUCUGACCAUGUUUCUGUUACAAAUGAAAUAAGUUGUCCUCUACUUUUGCAGCUUUUCUUUGAAGACAACAUUGAUGACGCAAAGUAUUGUGGGCGAUUGUACGGAUUGGGCUCUGGGUCCACUCAAAAUCAGAACGGCAUCUCAAGCUCUUCCCAAGAGGAAACCAACAACAAGCACUGAUCGACUGCGAGGCCAUCAAGUGGAAGACACACUUGUUUUAACCCAUCCAGUAGAUGUUUAUUUUCUCCCCCCACUCCCAGAAAACAUGAGAUUAAUUUCUGUAUCCUGCUUCACCAGCUGCAAAAAGGACAUUUGGUUACCAUAGACUCUCCUCUUGAACCCAUUUUGUUCUGUCAUAGUUGAUUUUACUGCGUAUUGUCACAUUCAAAUUCCCUAUUGUACCACUAUUGAGCCUUUCUAUCGCCCAGGACCAGUAUUCAGAAACCUUUGUUUAUCAGCAUUGCAGUAACUCUUCUUUUAAAAGCAUGGGACCAGCUCUUGUGUAUUGUACUGCGAAUAAGAAGUUUAGCAUUUGAAAGUGCUCAACAAUUCUCUGCACUACUGCUUUUCAAAACAACAAACUUUAUUUAAACCCAACUGUAGCUCGAGCAUCGGUAGGUAUCGUUCAGAAAACCAGUUUGUUGGAUACAUGCUUGUAGGGAUUGUACAAUUUUAAAGUAACAUUUCACUGAAUCCGUGAUAUGUUUUAGCAUUUUUCCUUUGAGAAAGGAGACUUUUAGAUUUGGUGCCAGGCUGGUCUUGAGUAUGAAUGUGUUACAGGGGCACACUGCAGUUCUGUGCAACAUUUUGCUUUUAAUUUGUUCACUGCUCAGUUUAAAACAAUGGUUUGUGGUUGCUAUUGUUUUUACAACAUGCAUUGUUUGAAACAGUUGUAUAUUAAAACAUUUUUCUAUUUUCAAUGUUUUGAUUAGCUUGUUUCAGACAUGCCCAAAAUAGUAUUCCCUAA